GUAGCUUACAAAGCGAACUACGUGGCUGCAACAACAGUAGCAGGUAGUAAACCGUUUUCUAGAGACUGCAAAGAUAAUGAAAGUACACCACCUAAAAUGUCUCAGUUAGGCCAAUUUAGGCGUUCCAAAUCUUCUUCCAUAUUGGAACUUUUUAGAGACUGCAAAGAUAAUGAAAGCACACCACCCAAAAUGCCUGAGUUAGGUCAGUUUAGGCGUGCUAAAUCUUUUUCUAUAUUAGAACUUUUUAAAGACUGCAAAGAUAAAGAAAAUACUCCACCAAAAAUGCCUAAUACUCCUCCUAGAACGUUAAAGUAUUCUUCCCCAUCUCAUUCACCUUUGUCUGAUCAAAGCGAAAGUCCACUUACCAGUCCAUUAAAACGUAUGGCUGAAUCUCCAAUUACCCAUUAUUUCAAGCGAGUUGAUAUCUCAAAAACCGUGAUUAAAAUAACCGUAUCGGCUACUGUCGGUCGUCGCGUUUCAAAAUCUCAUGUGACUCCUCCUACCAAAAGUGGAAUUAAUGGGUAUUUUCAUAAGAUGAAAGGAAAACAUAAAAAGGUUUCAAGGUAUAUUACUGAGGAUAAACUUCGUGAU